GGUUGGAACUGAUGAAAACAUGAAAUAGAAAGACGAUCGCACUGUGAAAAUGAGUUUUACCGCGUUUGAGUUGGUUCCUGUGAUAGAUCGGGUUCAAAUAACGGGCGACAAGCCUAAGACUACGGUUCAGUGUUUGGACUGUGCAGCUCAAAACUUAUUUGUUGGAACAGGAGACUGUUUGAUAAUCCACUACAUUGUUGCCGAAGAUGUCUCUCCUUCGGGAAAAGCUGUGUUUCAAUACAGCCUUCAGGGAUACAAACAACUUGGAAUGAGGAAGCCAGUGCAACAGCUACUCACAGCAGCUGCAAUAAAUCGGCUCAUUGUGCUUUGUGAUGGUGUCCUACUUCUUCUCAGCAUGGUGGGCUUGGAGAUGAUCAUUUCCGGAUUCAAAGAUAAACUAAAAGGGGCAACCUGUAUAGCACGCAACGAUAAUCCAGCAACUUUCGAUCCGUUUGCUGUAGAGGUGUGUGUCGGAACAAAAAAGAAAGUAAUACAUAUCGUCAUGAUUACAGAAGACAAUGUUUAUCCAUCACGAGAAAUUUCUGUGUCAGAAUCACCCAUACAUCUGAACUUUGAUGGUAGCACCGUAUGCGUUGCGCUAUCCAGUGUAUAUUGUAAUGUGGAUAUUUCAUCGGGAAAGGUUCAAGAGUUGAUCAGCUACGAACCACAAAAUACCAGACCGAUCAUCAACCGGAUUGCGGUGGAAGAAUUUCUUCUCAGCGGUCCUACGGACACCUUAGGAAUGUUUGUGACAUCACACGGCACUUCUUUGAGACCUCCGCUCAGCUGGACCGACGGUCUGAUUUCCCUGGGGUAUUCCUUCCCGUAUGUAGUGGCAGUUGGCCGGGGUAGUAUUACCGUAUAUAGCAUUUUAGAAUCGGAUCAAAAUUCUAUAAAACAGCUGAUACCAUUUCAGGCAGGAUGUCUAACAUGCAGUGUCGAAAACAAAGUGUUUGUCUGUUCACGAAGGGCAGUUUUUUGUUUGGUUCAAGUGCCUUUUAAACGCCAGAUCAACAUGUUGAUGGAAUCGAGGAAAAUUGAAGAGGCAUUAGAAUUAGCAAAAGUUGCGAUACAGACUGAACUCGGAAGCAACAGAGACAAACAACUGCUGACUCGGGUUCAACAGCAAGCGGGCUUUCUCUAUUUGGCCGAUGGGAAAUACAGACAAGCCUCUGAGAUGAUGCAUCAGGGUAACGUGGACAUACGAGAGCUCAUUGGAAUCUUUCCUGAGCUGUUGUCGAAAAGUUCCCGCUUUAAAUCCGAAGUGCCUGGAAUUGAGAGUAUCAGACAGCUAGUGAAAAGCGAUCACGAAGCGGGAAAAAGUGUCAAAAUCUAUGUGUUGGAAUAUUUAGAACAAAGUAAAGGCCAGGAUACCGUUUACAAAAUGCUUAAAGAUGAUAUAGACACUGCAUUGUUAAAACUUUACGCCGAGGAAAACUCGCCUAUCCUUGAAGAUUUGAUAUGUAGCAAUAACGCAUGCGCGUACGAGGAGUGCGUUGAUUGGUUGAAGAAACAUAAGCGAUACCAUAGUCUGGCGUUGUUUUAUAAAUCAUGGAACGAGCCUGCCAAAGCUCUAGACACAUGGAAAAGAAUAGUGGACGAAGAUUUGGAGGACACAAAUUUCACUGGCAUCGAUCAUAUUAUCAAAUGCCUGACAAGUGUAAAGAGCGAGGAGUUGAUAUGGCGAUACGUUCCAUGGAUAAUGGAAAAAGAUCAAGCAUUAGCUGUCAGGAUAUUCAGCGAAAGUACAUCAGACGAGGCAACUGAUAAACUACAACCAGAUUAUAUUUUAGAAUAUUUUAGUAAAUUUCCUAUUGCAUUGCAAAAAUAUUUGGAAUUCUUAGUGAUUCAAAAAAAGAUAGAAAAAGAGAAGUAUCAUAGUAGACUGGCGAUAUUUUAUUUGGAUCAAGUUCAGAAUCUGAGGAAAGAUCCAAAGUCUUCGAAAGAGGUCGUCAAAAAUGCAAGAGCGUCCUUGCAAUCCAUGUUGAAAUUCUCCUCACUUUAUAACGCCUCGCUGUUGUUAUCAAAAAUUCCCGAAGAUAGUGGACUGGAUCUAGAAACAGCCAUGUUGUAUGGCAGGCUGGAGCACCACGAGAAAGCCUUGAAAAUUUUCGUUUACCAACUAACAGAUUUUGACGGGGCAAUAGCUCACUGUGAAUUUUACUCAAAGAAUCGUGAAACCAGCUACCGAAAAAAACUGUUUUAUUUAUUGCUUUCGGUAUACCUACAGUCGGAAGGGAGACAAACAAACGACAUGGUUGUGGCUGCCGUAUCCCUGCUAAAUUCUCAUAUUCAAGAUUUUGAUCCGGUCAAGGUUAUGGAGAUAAUCCCAGAAGAAUGGUCGGUCAGGUUAAUCUCACCUUUUCUGAUUGGCUUGUCCCGGGAGAGUUUACACACCAGCCGAAAUACGAAGUUGAAGAAGAACUUAAUGAGGGCUGAAAAUAUAAAGAUGAAAAAAGGUUACAUAUCAUAUACAACUAAACCAGUCACGAUCACCGAGGAAACAUGUUGUCGCGUUUGUCGUCGACCCUUCCAUGACAGUAACAUUGCAAGAUAUCCAAACAACAUUGUCACGCAUAUACACUGUGCUCGCCAUAAAACUCUAUGCCCCGUCACAGGGCAGCUCUUCUCUGUUACUGAUGGUGACGCAUGAUACUGUACUACCAUAGGUACUACCUAUAGUAGAACUCUGUGACAAAUCUCGUUCAGCUUAGGACCCAAAGCAAUAGAACCCAAUUAAUUUAUACUUCAAGUUCCCUUCAGCAACCAUUUUCUAACCUGGAUAAAACAAGAAAGUUUUUGCAUCUACUGACAUCAAGUACAUGACAACUGAGUGAGAUGCAAAACACCAUUUAUACUGUACUUAGAUUCUAGCCAGUGUUUAUCUCUUGUUGCACCUAGCGGAAAUCUAACAAAGACAAUGUUAAAUAUAUCUUCAUUGUUAUGACUGACCUGAAACUUAACAACUAACAGAAAUAUUGUAAAUAGAAAUGUGAAACACAAAUUUAUAUAAUAAUUACCUUUCAGGAUAAAACGCCAUUUGUACAUUAAGAUAUAUUACUAUUUACUAACGAGAUAAAGCUAUAAUAAAGCCAU